UAUAGGUGAUCAGCGAAAGUUAGUCAAGUUUGAACAAUUUUUUUUCGGUCGUUGUUGUUGCUGUUGUACGCGGGACGAUGCUUCUUCGGCGCGAUGGAUUUUACGUCAGAAUCGAGUUCCUCGAGCGAUGCGGGAACGGAGGAGUUACAGAUACAUACGUGUACGAGAUCAUGUAUAUAUUGGAUACGCAGAAAAUGCAGAAGGACGAUACGCUGGGCUCGCGAAUUCGGCACGGCUAAAAUUAGCAUCCAGAUAUACAGACGCUAUAGGACAACGCCGUCGAGAUUUGUUUCAGGACUCGCGAUGUUAAAACGAGGAGACGAGAAAUUUUUCCGGAGACCGUCCCGAAGUAGGCCAGACGUCUCCCCAAAGAGCAGAAGCACAAAAACGCCAUCCCACGGAGCGUGUGUCUCAGUUUUUUUUUAUUCUCACGUUGCGUAAUUCCCUUAGCCUCGGACAUUACCAGCCGCUGGGUGGUGGUUUCGAAGCCCCAUAGUGCCCGUAAUCAAACACUCGUUAUUCCUGUCUAUCCUGGAUUACGGGGUUUUCAGGAUUUUUUCUCCGGGAAAAGUCCUGAAUCCUUGUGUAUCACGAUGGGAUUACACGGCCACACCACCCCGCGAAAUGACCAACCGUCGUAUAAUCUUCAUGAAAAAAAAAAAAAAAAUAAUAGCCACUUAAGUUAUACAUGCCCUUAUGUGUACCUUUAUGCGUAAUAUUAAAAAUAAAAGUAGCGCGGCUGAAGGAUAAAAAAAAUUCUUUUCAUAAAUUUCUUUU